AUGCCCGAACUCAAGCCCUAUAACGGAGAUUAUUAUCUCUGGCAAUAUGUGCCAUCUUUAGCUGCAUCAAUUAUCUUUCUCUGUCUUUUCACCUUUCUAACAGCAGCCCAUUGCUGGAGAAUGUGGAAAAUACGAUCCUGGUUUUGUAUUUCGUUCUGUAUCGGUGGACUACUUGAAAUUAUCGGAUAUGCAGCUCGAGCCGCAUGCUAUACCGACACCAGCAAUCUUAUUUCCUACUGCAUUCAGAAUGUUUUCAUCCUGCUCGGGCCACUAUUUUUCGCUGCUUCGGUUUACAUGGCCCUUGGUCGGAUCGUUCGAGGCAUUCGUGCCGAAAAAUACUCGCCUAUCCGACUGCGAUGGCUCACGCGGACUUUCGUCUCUAGCGAUGUGAUUUCGUUCUUAGUGCAAGGCACUGGCGCUGGCAUGAUGUCAACUGGAGGAAAUUUCGCUGGAGUCGCCAAAGCAAUUGUGAUCACCGGUCUGGUCAUCCAGGUUAUCAUGUUUGGCUUCUUUUUCGUCACCUUGAGGAUCUGUGACCAAAGAAUCAAGGACAAUGUUCCAACGGCGAUCAGCAUUAGGAAAACGCAUCUGCUCCCACUCUACAUAAUCUGUGCGUUGAUCAUGGUUCGUUCAAUCUUCCGAGUGAUUGAAUAUGCCAUGGGCCAAACGGGAUACCUCUUGAGUCACGAAUGGUCUAUGUAUAUUUUUGACUCCGUGUUGAUGUUUUGCGUGAUGGCUGUCUGGAUUGUCCGUCAUCCAGGGUGUUUGCAGAGUGAUGCGCAAGAUGAGAAUCUUGACUUCGAAGAUGCGUAA